GAAAGCGCGGCUCUCAACGCGAAAAAACGUUUAGAGAAAAUCCCGCUGCUGAAUGCGGACCGAAAACUCGAAAGUUCGUUCAAACGGGACCAAAGUCACCAAGGAUAGGUCACCUAGAGCUUCAGAUUCCCACCCGAGUGCCACUCAGGUAUCCUUCUAUCCUUAUUGUUUGCCAAAUGUUAAACAAGGAUGACAUGACACCCAGGGAGCACUCGGGUGGGAAUCUGAACACGCCGUAGGGUAGAUUAAGUUAGGUUAGUACCAGAUGCCCGCUGUAGUCGUAUUGUGUAAUUACCGUUCGUAAUUACGUUGAUAAUAUUUUAAUAUCUCCUUCUCUCUGUGAAAUGCUUCACGAUCCCGCGGACGAAACACACAGAAAACCACGUCAACUUAGGAACACGCCGCUACAGAAAUAUAUUCGCCUUGCGUCACUCGCCAUAACCCUUUGUUACGCUGGAGCAAUGUACGUUGCCUGGAGAAAAAAUAUUGUUCCAUUGUUAAAUGAUGAAGAUAAAAUCAGAGAAAUCUUAGAAGAAGAGGAGGUUAACUUACAAGAUUUCAUCACAAUUCCAAUUUUUCGUGAUACUAUUCAAAGGCUGACUGCGAUACAGCGAACUAAAUUAAAUCCAGAAACUGAAUCAGAGAAUACACAAGCUGAAGCUAAAUAAAAUUUAAACAACAGAGCAUCCAGAGUUUAUAUAACACAAUAAUGGACGUUGAAAAGAAUGAAUUUUGUAAGCCUAGUAGUUUAAAAGAAAGAUUGAGAUUAAGGAAAAGUGAUAAGGAAAGUAUGGAUAACAAGAGUCAUCCUUCUAAUAAUUUCAAUAAUGAAUCCAACACGGAUGACCCUGCUUUUACAUCCCAAAUUCCAUUUGAUGACAGUAUAUUAGAUUUUAAAUCGCCAAAGAAAAUACAUUCCACGCAAUCAAAAGUUAUUAACAGCAAUAGAUAUCCGGAUAAAGCUACGAAGAAAGUACUCCAUUCUAAACCUAAAAUUAUCAAUGAAAAGAAAUCUAAAAGUGGAAAACUAUUACAGAAUAAAAAGAUUCAUCGUGAUGUACAACAACCAUUAAUCGAAUCGUCUUUUUUUAAAUCUGAAAAGAAAGAAACUGAAUCACCACAAAAUUCAACUGCUGUAAAAACUGCUUUUGUAUGUCCAUUGUGUUUAAAAAAUUUUAAAGAUGAAAAUUCACAAGCUGUGCAUAUGAAGAGUUGUGCUACAAAAAAUAACGUGUCUACAAAAAAAUUAAUAGAUGCUGUGGAAUUACAAGAACGGCAAGCCGCAGAAAGAAAGUCGUUAGGGCUACUCUCUGCUCCUAUAUUACAAGACAAGAAGAAAUCUGUUCCUCGUAAAAUAGCAUCGCAUGAUGACCCUGAUCUUCAGCUUGCUUUAGCUCUUUCCAAAUCUCUGUAUGAAAAAGAAGAAAUAGACGAAUGGGAUGAAGUUCAGAUUGUAGCAAUAUCCUCUAAUUCAUUAGUGUCAGAUAAUAAUGCAGAUUGUUCUCAGAAAGCAACAUUGCAAGAUUUUGGGUUUAGUAGCAGUAAAAAUGUGUUACCAACAAACAAUUUGAUCAACAGUAAUAAAACUAGGAAAAGAAAGCCUAUUGAACCAACUAUUUUGCAAAGACGCACAGCUGUAGAAAGAGAACGUAUUUUAACAGAGAGAAUAGCUGAAAUACUUAUGGGUUACAAAGAUUUUACUCAAAGAUCCCAGGAAAAAGUAGAAGAGUUUAAUGACACUAAGGAGAGAAUUGAUAUAAAGAGUCAAUUACUUCAACAAUUACGUGAAAUUGAGAAUACAUUGUGGGAAAGGACAAAACUAAUUCUAACUAAAGAUGUAUUUUAUGUAAAACAACUAUUGCCUCAAAUAACUCCCUUAGAAAAGAAAGAGCAGAAAUCAAAUAAAACGCUAUUACAAGGGGAUGUUAAUGAUGAUUUACACCUUGAAAAUAAUUACGCAUCCGCAAAGAAGUUAUGCGUUUUGCAAGACGAAAAAAAUACUUUAAUGAAAUUAUCAGAAGAAAUUAAUUCCAGAAGCAACAUACCUGCAAAACGAGACAGUACAUCUCCUGAUAUGUUUGAUGAGACGUUUGUAAUGAAGCACAAUGAUAAAUCUACAGUACAUCCUAAAGACUUGGAAGAUUCUAAUAUUCAUAUAUUACUAAAUUUGCUCAAACAAGAUGCAGAUGUUGAUAUCUGUAGUCAACACUUAUCAAAACCUCAGAACGCAGAACAUUUGGAGUUAGAUAAAAGUACAACUAUCUGUUCAAAAAAUUUGGAACAAAGUGUAAUAGAAAUUGAUCCAGAUCUCGAAUCAAAUUCUUUGAAAUUUCCUAUUGAUAAUAUGCAUAAAAAUUGUUUAAUUGAUACUUCUCAAAAUAGUAAAUCAAGAUGUAGCCAAGAUCACCUUUCGAAGGUAAUAAAACAAAAAAGUAAUCUUACAUUAUUUAUUGAAGAAGUCCAGAAGGAAAACGCAGAAUUGGAUGCCUUGUUAAAUGCUACAGAGAUGGAAUGUUCUGUACAAAUAUCUCCUAUAAAGCAUAAGAAUCCAUUUCGUAUAGACAAACACGAUAACUCCGAUCUUCAAUCUCACAAUAAUUAUAUUGAACAAUCAGGUAAUACAGAGAAAAAACCCGGUAGAUUGUCUACAAUAGAGCAAUGUAUGCAAUCGUAUGCUGCCAAAAAUCCAGAAUUUUAUUCCUAUCUUUCUAAUGAAGAUGUACAAGAUGUUAAACAAAUUAAUAAUUUGCAUAUAAAUUCUCUAUUAUCCAAAAAGAUAACAGAAUCUUUCCAUAAUAUAUCGAAUUGUAUACAAAACGUUACUUUGUCAAAUGAGAAAAUCAUUGCAGAACAAGUAACAAAUGUAUCAGCGAUAUGUUCACAACAUACUGAAACAACGAAUCGAUCACUCAGUGAAACCAUCUUUGAUUUAGAAACAAAUGAGGAAGAAAUUUCUAUGUAUUCUAAAUAUAUGAAAGAUCACAAGGAUAAUAGCAUAGCAAAAUAUAGAAAAGCAGUCAAUAGAAAUAAAUCAGAUAGUAAUCUGUCUAAUGAAAGUAUAGUAUCCGAUUUGUUCAAUGAAGACAGUAAUACCAGUGAGGCUGAAAAAGAUGAAAUUUUUACCCAGUCUGUUUUGACACAAAAAGAUACGGAUGUAAUUGUUUCAUUAGAUACAGAUGUUGAAAGUAUAUCUUCCAGUACUAGCCACACUGUCUUAGAGAACAAUGACUCCAAUCAUGGAAAUAUUAUGUCUCAUGCUCUGCAACAAUCUAGAAAAGAAAUAGAAAGUAACAAUCAGGAUAUAACAAAUGAAAAUAACAGUCAAUCCUUCGAAAUUAACAAAUUUUCAAAAGCAGUAACGACAUAUUCGCAAGAAGGAAAAGAUAUUAAUAGCGUAAAACCAAAUCAAGAUAAAUUAAAUACUACAGAGACAAUAUCUACGACACAAAAAUAUAAAUUAAAUGAAUUAAACGAUGCUCAGGAAAAGGAGUCUAAUCCAAGUCUAAUGAUGGUAUCCUCUAGUCUAGAUUUUUUAAAUAAUGAAGGCUGCAGUCCAGUUUCAAAUAUCAAAAGUUUGCUUCAAGGUAAACUCUGUACCGAAAGUGUAUCAGGAUUAGAUUGUGAAUUAAGAAAGCCAGCCAAUUUUUCUCUUGAUUUUGAAGACGAUAUAUAUCUUGCAAAUGUUGAUAUCGAUAAAUAUGAAAAACAACAUGUUUUGGAGAAGAGUCGCUCAUUUAACAUAUCAAGUACGAGAGAAUUUAAUAAUAGUAGUGUACGCGCGCGCAGAAGCAAUAAUAAAAAUAAUCAUGAAAGUAUUAAAGGAAAAGAUAUAGGAGCAAAUGAUUAUGGAAACUCGGGUACUAAUGUUACAUCUUUGACUCAAAAUUCUACAAGUGUUAAGAAAUUUAAAAGAAAAUCUUUUUCCGAAGGACAAAUUGACACAAAUAGAUUACGUAAUCAAGGUAUAAUAUCUACGGAUAUAUCUGCACAAUUACAGUGUAAUUACAUUCAGAACAUUGGAAACGCAGAAAUGCCUAAAAUAAUUGAUAAAGAUGUUACACCUCCGCCUGUUUACAACGAUAUGGGCACUCCUGAAUUACACAAAGAAAUGAAGAAAUACGGAUUAAAGAUUCAAAAACGUAGCAGAGCUGUAAAAUUAUUAACGCAUAUUUAUAACGAACUUCAUCCUUUAGUUCCUAAGAGAACGGUAGAACAGCAGAUUACUGAAAUUUCGAGCGAUGAAGACCAGGAACCUCCAUUAAAGAAACGAAACGUGGAUGAUAAUAGUUUGGAAAAGUCAAGCGAUUCAGAAGACAGUGAAAACGAAUUUCCUUGUUCUCAAGAUAGUAAUGAUAGUGUAAGUUCUACAAAAGAAAUACUCAACAAAGAAAUGGAAUUUUAUGAAACUGAGUCAGCACUGGAGAAUUCAUCAAAUAUCACAGAAGCUUUUAUGAAAUUAAUCAGUAUUGAUAAAGAUUUACAUAAUAAAAUAUUACAAUAUGAACCAGUGAAUAUUAAUCAUUUGCGUUGUAUGUUGCAAACACAUGGAUUUAAAUGCAAGUUGCCUAAUCUCAUGAGUUUUCUAGAUCAACAGUGUAUUACAUUUUAUGCACCAGAACAAAGAGCCAAGAGGAUUCGCAGAAAAGCAUAG